AGGGAAGAGAUUUUCGGCACAACACCCGCGGGCGAAGCACUGCUGCGCUGUCGAAUAUUCAUAAUUUCCAUCCAGUACGCCCUGAACUGGAGCGCAUCAUUUUCUCUCCGUCUGCCAACAGUUAACCAAGGAUACCAGCUACGAUCACACGUUACCUUCAAAAUAGCUAACUUAAUAGUAGCCUAUGGUCUCAUUCCGUAACCGCAUUCAUCCGAAUACCCUCCUGCUCUCCUGACCGCCUGUGCACCGUUAGCAUUCCGGGCGAGCAUACAUAUUGAUUGCUGAGGCAGUGGAAAACGGAUAGGCCUACAUCCCCUGAUAGAUUAGCCUAUGUUCUCCUCCUGCGCCUGAAGGUAGAAGCUGGCGAUGCUGUUUCCCUAGACUUGAUUUGGAGCCUUUCGCUGCGGGGUGUUUACGACAUUUCAUACAUACGUUUGGUGGCAUCCGCCGGUGACUACGAAGAUGGCGGAGACGGCAGUCAAUGCAGCAUCCAGUGGUGCCUUAACAGGAUUGACUCAACCAUCAGUUGCAGAGAAGAGAUCCCAAAGCAACGGCCAUGGCUCCCCAGCCCGUGUGGCACUUUAUCCAGGGAGCCUAGCUGCGAAACACAAUGAGGUGGUGAGCCCACCCUCGGUCACAGAGAAGAGGCCCCAGCUCAAUGGGCUCCCCUCCACUUUACUUCUGCCAGGCAACACCACUAACAAUCAUGCAGGUAAACAGUACGUAGAAGGGUAUCUGAGGACAGAUGACAGGAUGCGUUUAGCCAAAGAGAGACGUGAGGAGAGAGAUAAAGGUCUAGCGGUGCGAGAGCAGGCGAUCAGGGAGAAAGAGCGGAGGGCUCAGCUGCAGUAUGAGCGUACGGUGGAGGAGCGCUGGAGGAAGCUGGAGGAGCAGAGACAGAGAGAGGAGCUCCGCAGAGCUGCCGUGGAGGAAAAGAGGAGGCAGAGGCUGGAGGAGGAGAAGGAGCGGCUGGAGGCUCUGAUGAAACGCUCCCUGGAACGCAGCCUGCAGCUGGAGCAGAGGCCCAAACGCUGGACAUGGGGCGGACCUGGAGGAGCACAGGGUGACUGUGAGAAUGCCCCUCUCCUUGCCUCCACCUUUCCCCAUGAACUCGCCGCCCCCCUUCCUGCUGCCAGCGAAUCCGCCCAGCGCUGUCACCUGAACUCUGUGGAGAACCUGAUGGUCCACCGCCUCCUUACCCACACUCACUCCUCUAUGGCCAGGUGCCACAGUGCAGCAGACCUCCAUCUGCCCUGCCACCGAUACACAGCUCCCUGCAGCCCCCACAGGUCACCCUACCGGGGCUCGCCAAGCCGGGUUGAUCGACGGAGGCUCCAGGGCUCUCCAGAGGAGUCACCAGGAGGAUCUCGCUCAACCCCUCAAACCCCCAAGAAAGAAAGGUUACGCAGAGAGAGAAGGACUGGCUCCCCAGCGACAGGCUCCUCCGUGAGAAGAGCAGAAUCCCCAGCCAUGUUCACCAGACGCGCAGCCUCCCCCGCCACCCCCAAGUUGCUGCCUAAGAGCCGUACUCAGUCUCCCUGCACUGUGCGCCAGUACCACCCCUCUCCCAUCAGGCACAGACCCACCACCCCGGUUACCAACGGCAACAAGGAGGAUGGACAUGUUGAAGAAUCCAAAAGUCACAACAACAUCAAUGACAGAAAUGUCUCCAAGCCAGAAACCCCUGUGAAAAGUAUGUCUGAUAUCCAGAGCCCUGAGAAGUCUUCUCAAGCAGACACCCCUGAAAAAAAACUGGCCAAAACUGAGACCCCAGAAAAGAGAUUUCCCAAAAGUGAGACCCCAGAAAAGAGAUUUCCCAAAACUGAGGCCCCCGGUAAGAACUUAAAAGGUGAGAUUUCUGAAAGAAAGGACUCUAUGACUGACACUUCUGAUAAGAAAGCCUCCAAAAUAGACACCCCAGAUAAGAAGAUGCCAAAGUCCACCAGCAGUGAACUGAACGCAGAUAAGAGCACAGAGCCAUCGCCAGUGACAACAACAGGGAAAGGAGUUGCCGGGACGACAAACGCAGAGGAAGCAUCCAGACUGCUAGCGGAGCGUAGGCGUCUGGCCAGGGUGCAGAAGGAGUUGGAGGAGAAACAACGUUGUGAGCAGGAGGAGGAGGAACGUCUGAAGGCGGAGCAGCUGAGGAGGAGAAAGGCAGAGGAGCGGGCACGGCAGGAGGAGGAGAAGAGCAGACAGGAGGACCUCCGCAGGAGGAGAGCGGAAGAGGAGAAACGGCAGAGGGAGGUCCGGGAGAAGGAGCUACAGGUCCAGAUGGACAGAGAGAAGGAAGAGGGCGAGUUUCAGGCUCAGAAGGAUGCAGAGCGUCAGCAUCAGGAGAGAGAGAUACUGAAGCUGCAAGAGGAGGAGGAGAGACAGCUGAGGAAGAAGAGAAUUGAGGAGAUAAUGAAGAGAACCAGGAAGAGUGAUGAGAACCAGGAAGAGAUGAAGGAGGAGGGGCAGGUGGAGACUCAACCUGUCUCACCACCAGGGGAAAUGCAGAUGAACUCAAAGAUGAACAUUGGAGCUAAUGCUCAAGUGAAUGUGCACGAAAACCCAAAAGUUGAGUCUCAGGUUAAUGGGCAGGUCGCUGCCUGUGUCAACAAGCAGGACACUGCCCUGGUGAAGGGGCAAGCCACUGAUCAGGUGACCCCACUGAAGAAUGUUUUGGAAAAGGGACAGGACGCUCAACAAGUAAAUGUACAGGGUGCAGCCCAGGCUCUCAAGCAAGAGAGUGUCUUAGUGAAGGGAAAGGUCACUUCCCACGUGAUGAAGCAGGAGAAUGUCUUAGUGAAGGGAAAGGUCACUUCCCACGUGAUGAAGCAGGAGAAUGUCUUAGUGAAGGGAAAGGUCACUUCCCACGUGAUCAAGCAGGAGAAUGCACAAGUGAAUGUACAGGUGAAGAAACAGGAGGGUACCAAGGUGAGCAGCCAAGCCACUGCUCAGCUCAAAACCGAGGAGAGUACUCAAGUAAACGUGACGUUGACCACACAGACUAUCGUACAAGGGGUGCAGCCCAACAAACUGUCCCUGGCACUCCUACCAGUGGGCCAACCCCCACCUCCACUCAUCAACCUGGAGCUUCUGGAUGUGAAGAGCAGUGGGGCGUAUGAUGAGGUGCAGUCCAUGGAGGUCAGCCCAGUUUCCAAGGAGGAACUUAUCUCCAUCCCAGAGUUCUCCCCAGUCAAUGAGGUCCAGGAAAACGCCAUGAGUAAUGCCCGAGCCCUGGAAGAUCUGCUGGACCUGACGGGCCAUGUGGCCUACCCCAAACUCUCCCACAUGGACAGCCUAGGAGACUGCAACAAGAACCUGAUCGACGGGCUCUGCAGUCCCGGCGCCGAUUCCAAGCUCAUCCUCCACCCUCACACAAGCACAACAAGUCGCCAGGUACAUAAAAGUCGCCAGAACCCUGGACUGGCAAGCCAUGAUGGAAGGAGCAGAGGGAAAUGAUCUGCGUUGUCUGAUGUUAUUGAGGAUGGAAGUCUCUGCACCUCUCGAGAUGAGAGAGAGAAGGCACUCUGAAUGUAGUUUUGACCCUCCUUUGUUGACCUCCAACCUUGAAUGUCCAUUAACCUUCAACCUCCUACAUCUGUCCUCAUAGCCUUGGACAAUGGAACUUAAGUGACAGUAAUAUUAAUAGAUUUACUAUACUUGUCAAAUAAUAUCGUAAUGAUAGUCAUAGAUAUCUGUGUCAUGCCAUGUAUCGCUUAGAGCAGUUGUUAGUGUGGUGUCUGAAACGUGGGUGUAUGUGUGUACGUCUCAAUGAAAGGAAGUGCCCGUGAAGUAAUUGGACUCUUGACUGCCUGUUAUGAUCUAAAGCAGUCAGCUAAGCUAGUUAAAUCUUAUUUGAAAACAAAAGCUUUUAUUCUGUAGUUGGGUAGAAGCUCAGACUGGUGAUAUCCUCUCCUUAAAUAUUUGUUUUAUAGUGAAAGACCCCACAUAUACAGAUGUAGAAUAUCAUAUCAGUAAGUUGCCUUUGCUAUGCAGUAUUGUUCCUCUAAUGAUUGAAAGUUUCAUAUUGCUCUGAAUCCACCUAAUGUAGUUUAGUAUGCACUGAUCAUUCAAUUAGAUUGUUCCACUGAAAAGUCUACAGUUUUCAAUUCUGGCUGUGGAUGCCUCAGGCUAGCUCGUAUCUCCCUGGACAUGAUUAACUCCCAAGAGACUCAAGCUUGUUGUCACAGUGUAUGUUUCCAACAUGCUGUGUGAUUGGGUUUGUAGCAUGUGUGCCAUAAUACUUGAACACAGGUCAAAUAGUACUGCAACUCAAAAGUCAACAUAAAGAAUAUGUACAAUAACGUUCCUCAUUAUAAUCCAGAUUGCCAUUAACCCAUGCAUUGCAAGUUUUUUGUGGUAUCUUUUCUUCCUUGAUCUACAAAGUAAUGAGCUAUGCAUGAUCCCUCAAAAGUCUGAAACCUCUGAGCUGGUAUCAUUUGUAUCAUAGAUUGGUGACUUUGAUUGCUACAAGUCAAGGACAAAACCUAUCAUGACUUGCAGGAUGCUGUGUUGUCCAAAUUAAGUUUAUUUCGGUGUGUGUAUAUGCACAGAUGUGAGUGGUCAGUCACUGGUUCCACUUGAACUGUAUUGUGUUUUGAUAAAUAAUGCACCAAAAGAAGGCAAGAUUUUUACUUGGAAGACUAAGCAACCAGGAAUUUAGAAAAUCAGGUUUAUAGAGAACACAUUUUAACAGUUCAAACCUACUGUAGUUUGUCUGUCUUAUUUCUAACUAAAGCGGCAUAGCAGUUAAUAAAAAAAAUUGAACUAUUGUAAACAUUGUGCAUGGAUCAUUAGCAUAAGAUGAUAGAUGUACCAUUUAAUAAACCUUCAAA